CAAUCUGUUCCCGCGUGGCGGGCCCUUGGGCUCUGGCGCUAGAAAUUGCUCGCGGGGCACGGAACCAGUGGCUCUCGUGCAAUCGCGUCGCUCGAAGCGCCGAGCCAACGAACCCAACUAAUCAACUGACCGCGGCGGUCGCUGCCCGCCGCAAGCAGCAUUGCCUCGCGCCGUCGCGCGCCCGUUCCCAGCAGCUCACUCCGCCGCCUCCUCCAAAGAUGUCCUCCUCGCUCCUCCCCACCACCUCCGCCGGGCUUCACCUUCACGUCUGCCCGUCCCCGCCUCGGCCGCGCCGGCGCCGAUGCUGCCAAGUAAUCACGGCCGCCGCUCUCCCGCCGACGUCGGACGGCGUCGGCCGCCGCGCCGUCUCCCUGGCCGGCGUCGCCGCAUGGCUCGCCACUACUGCCGGACGGGCAGACGCGGCCAGUCCAUUGGACAAGUACGUCAAGAGGAAGAAGCUGGAGCCUCUGGAGACCUACGUUCCGGCUGUGCUGCUGACGAUAGACCAGUUCGUUGAUCUAGAGAAAUCCUUAGAAUUUGAGAAACCAAGGUACGAUGAGACCAGAUCAUUACUUCGCUCUGGACCAGCAUCAUCUCUACGUAUCAACAUUCGGGCAGUGGCACAAUAUGCUUCCAGCAAUGGUCAAGGCAAAGCUGCAUCGGACGCUGUGGACGAAUGCUUACGAGCAUUGGAAGAUCUCGACUCGCUGCUACUACAUGCAUCACGGAAUGACCCCUCAGCAUCCGUUGAAACCAUGAGGAGCAAGAUCACUGUCGCCCUUGGAGCAUUAGACAAUCUCUUGCAAACUGUGCCAUCUGCAGUCCUGGAUAAAGGAAAGGCGAUUGCUGAUGCAUACCGGACUCCGGCAGAUGAUUAUAUCGAGGAAAAUGCUACCGUGUUGGAUCCCAAGCUCAAACAGUUGGAGGAUAUUCUUUAAGGCUAAAUUUUGUUAAGGUCAACCUCAUGUACUAACUAGUAACGUCUGACAACGUGACUAUAUUGUAGAGUGAAAUGAAGGAAAAGUUUUGGCACA